UUUAAAUUUGGGAGAGUAUUUUAUAAAUGCUAUUUCAUUUUAUCCUCACAACAAUUUUAGGAGGCAAAGAUUAUUAUCCCCUUUUACAAUGGAGGAAACUGAGGCAGACGAAGGCUAAAUGACUUGUCCAAGCUAGGACUGAGCCCAGAUCUUUCUGAUUCUAGGACUAGUUCUCCAUCCAGGGUGCCACCUAGCUAGGUGGUAGGAGAUGGUCUGAGCUCGGUGUGUCCCAAGAAUGAGGGCUUUCCUCAGCCUGGCUGCUGCCUCAUCUAACAAUGUCAUAGGUGUCCUCUCUGGGCAGCCACCUGAUCUUCUCGGAACCAGUGUGCUUACCCCUCCCCUCCAGCCCCCAAGGCUGAGUAUCAUGUUCUGGGAGCCUCAUGGUCUUGGCUACCCUGGCUGGUGAUGCCAGCGGUCCUGGCCUGGCCUAGGAAAUAACAGCAAGGCAGACAACUCUUGGCAGCAAGGACUAGCCUGGGAGGAGGGAUGGUCACCAGAGUCCUCCCCUGGGGCUGAUUCCUUCGUCUGCCAUACGACUGCGGGAGGUGGAGGCAGGCAGCUUAUUUCUAUCCCCACCGGUCACCUCCCUCCUGGCAGACCAGUGCCCGAGUCGGGCUGCGGAUGUUCGGGAGCAGUGGCUUCCCAGAAGGGCUUCCUUACGAUGGCGGCCCACCCUACAUCAGCCAAAGGCCGUGGGCUCCUGCGUUCUGGGUUUGAUGCGACUCUUCUAGAUAGGUGUGCCAAGCGCCCGUGGCUUUGGGGCAAGGAUGCGUGGCAGCGCCCACGGUGGGCACUGAUCACCUUGGAAUACAUGCACUCCAUCCGCAACCUGCCAUCCAUGCGAUACCGGGUACCGCAGGAGGAAGAUGGUGUGGAAGACAUGACCCAGCUGGAAGACUUGCAAGAAUCUGCUGUGUUGUCCAAUCUGAAAACCAGAUUUGAACGAAACCUCAUCUAUGUAAGUAUCCCAUUCUUGUUGCUCAAGCUUUAUAUCCAAAACUGCUUUCAGGGAGAUGAGAUAUUCCUCAUUCAUCCUAAACUGGGACAGGAGCAAAUAACCUAG